AUGACAAACACCUCAAGUUUCCCCUUUACCGUCACAGAGCAUAUUAUUGAUGGCCAGUAUAUCCGCGAAUAUCCCCGGGCAACCGUCUCACAAGGUGCUUGCUUAAAGCUAGCGGUUAAGAAAUAUGUCCCCACUGACAACCCGAAUCCUCAACCUGGGGAUGUGACUAUUAUUGGGGCACCUGGUGGUGGCUUUCCAAAAAAUGCAAAGGAAUUAUAUGAACCGUUAUGGGAAGAUCUCUUUGUACAAUGUAAGAAGAGUGGAAUCAAAAUUGGAUCAAUCUGGACUGCAGAUGCUGCGAAUCUCGGUGCUAGCGGAGUCGUGAAUGAAGAAUUACUGGGAAAUGACCCAUCUUGGCUUGACCAUAGCCGGGAUCUUCUAUACAUGAUCAAUCAAUUUCGCGAUGAAAUGCCGCGACCCAUAAUUGGCGUGGGUCAUAGUAUGGGUGCAGGGCAGCUUGUCCUGCUUUCUCUAAUGCAUCCGCGCUUGUUCACCUCUUUGGCUUUGGUUGAGCCAGUGAUAGUACCAGACACCUUCAGUGGAUACGGGCCUUUGCUUUCAAAAUUAUCACUCAGGCGACGUGAUUCCUGGUCAUCCAGAUCCGUGGCCAUUGAGGCAGCGCGAAAAUCACACAAGAAAUGGGACGAACGUGUUUUUAAGCUAUGGGCUUUACACGGGUACCGCAGGCUUCCAACUGCUCUCUACCCGCAAAACGCGGAGAGUGGCACACUUGUCACCGAUGAUGGACCAGUCACCUUGACUAGCACCAAGCACCAAGAAGUGAUGCAAUAUGUCAGGUCAAAUUUCGGAGGUCACAAGCCUGUAGGGCAAGAAGACUCUCUCUCAGGACCUGCUUAUGACCCUUUGUUCCAAGCUGACGUGAUUGGCCCUCCGUUGAGAACAGCGCCCUUUUACCGCAGCGAGCCUGUUAUAGCAUGGAAGCUACUUGAUCAUGUCCGGCCCUCGGUGCUUUAUAUCUUUGGAGGGACCAGUCCAAUGUCGACACAUAAGCUUUGUGCUGAGAUAAUACAGCGAACUGGCGCAGGCAUCGGAGGGAGUGGCGGUGUGAAGAGUGGACAGGUGAAAGAGGAACGAAUUGAAGGAUUUGGACAUCAGCUACCACUUGAAGAAGUGGCUAGAACAGCAUUGGCCUUGGGGGUGUGGAUCGACUCGGUUGUGCACAAAUGGCACGCGGACGAGAUUCGCAUUGCGAAAGAUUGGGCAGAUCUGCCUGCAAAAGACAGACUAAGGGUUUCAGAAGAAUGGAUGCCUGGACUGGAUCUUGCUUGCAAGUUAUAUGAACAGAAGUCAAAACUCUGA